AUGCACUCGUUUACCCAUCUGCCAUUGAAGAGCUCAUUUGCCGACACUCUGAUGAAGCAAGCCAGCCUGGUUCUGCAUCCAGCUGCUCGACUGGCCUUUUCAGCUUUGCUUCUCUUCAGUGGGGCCCGCUUUUGUGGAAAGCAAAUAGCAGCAGAUGAACGCGCAUCUGCUUUUGCCUUUGAGAGCCCAUCUAGCUGUAAUAGCCUGUCUAUUGCGGCAGCUACCAUGCCGUCGUGGAGCACAAUCACCAGUGCCACAUCUAACAUUGCAACAACGCCAAGGAAUUUGGCGAAUGCCAGCACCGAGGCUAGUCACUCGCCUGACUCAAAAGAGCCCCAGGCUGUACGUAGCUUCCAAUCUCUGGUCAUAAACAGAGCUGUCUGUGGCUGUCAUCUUUUCACCCACGGUAUUUUGACACCAGUGGACUUGGCUAAAUUGCGAGCCAAGCAGCGAACCUAUCGGCAGAUAUGUGAGAAGAGGGAAUCCUCUGACAGAACUUGGGCAUCAAACGGUGAUAGCUCAGCCAAACUUGCUAGAGAAAGUUUUACCUCGAAUGCAUCCAAUCCUGUGGAUCAAGAAGAGGCGGAAAAGCUUAAAGGGAUGGAUCAGAUUCUUAAGAGUUUCCCACCUCUCAUAGUUGAACUGGAUUUGAGGCAUCCUGUUAACGAGACGGUUAUUUUUUAG